AGUUUCUUCAGUGUCGGUUCAGGUUCAAAACGUUCCGCACGCUCUGCUCCACACACAAAUCUCCGUUGCUCCGUUUCUUCCCGAAGACGCGUCUUUCUUUCGGCCCGAAGAAUUCUUCGCAGCAGCACGCAGCCUUCGAAUAGUGCGUGUGCAGCAUCUUGGACCCCCCAUCCACUGCCUCGUCCCUCUUGUCCCAGCUCUCUCUCGGAAGAGAGUGUUGGUGGUUGGUGGUUCCCGGUGGUGCCUCUCGAGGGUGUGUGUGUUUGUGUGUGUGUGUGUGUUGGUGGUGCUGCCCCGAAGCGCUGCCGAACGGGGCGCGCAGCCAACGUCGCCGCCGACGACGACGCAACGUCGGGAAAACCUCUUGCAGUGAAAAUUUUUCGUACGUUUUCGUUAUUUGUUAUUCGCACGUUGACGCGACGAGACCGCGAUACGAGAAACGAUUGCAACUGCAGCACCAAAUGCAGCAACAGCAACAGCAACUGCAACUGCAACUGCAGCAAUGAUCGCGCGUGCAACAGCAACAUGAAGUGGAAACGCGUCACUUACAGUUAGUUUACAUUAAAACCCUACACAAAUCAUACAACAAAUAAAUAAAUAUUAAAUCCAAACUUGCCAAAUAAAGUUAUCCAACAACAACAACAGAAAUGAUAAAAAUUUUCAAGUGAAAAGUAAUAUAAUAUAUUGUGUGUUGUUGCAGCUUGCCAUUCAAGUGUCUUACAACAAAUUAAGCAAUAGCAUUAGGCUCUGGCCGCAAAUGAAACGUAUUUAUAUCAAUUAUAGCCGAAGCUUGCCCAAAACACAAAACACAAACCCCAAACACGCAAACGCAGCAUAAUAAAUAAUAAUAAAAAAAAGUGUGAUAUUUUGAUAUUAGCAAUUAGAGUUUACAGAAACACAGCGUAAAAUAUUUGUUAAAUGUGCGCCAGCAGAUAUUGCCCCGAGGCAAGCCCCGAAAAUUGGAUAAUGCUUGGAUAAAUCCGCUUCGAAAAAAAACGCCAACAAAAAUAAAGAAAAGAAAAAAUAACAAUAUAAGAAUAAGACUAUGCCAGAUCUGCAACGAUUGGAGUCGCUCGCAAUCUAAUUCAAAGAGUACCGUAAAAAUCCCUCGCCGCGCAAGUUGCAGCUUUUGCUGGAGCAGUGGGAGCAGGGGCUGACCGAUAACAAAUUAGCUAACCAACCCAAAGGAUCCGUCCCGCAGGAGACGCCGCCGUUAACGCCACAAAAAGUUGACCUCAUGACGAUGGCAGAAGGCACCGACCCCAUGGGGCAUGGUCACCACCACGCGAACCCGCACAAUCCGCCCCAGCCGCAGCCGCCGCAGCACCACCAUGCGCUCCCGCACCACUUGCCCCACCCGCACCCCCCGCCGGCACCACCGCCGCACCACCUUAACCACCAGCAGCCGUUCCAUCCGCACAUGUAUCCGGCGCCGGGAGCGGCGGCUCACUCGCCCUACGGCCAACUGCAGUAUCCGCACCCACAUCCGCAUCCGCAUGCGCUGCAGCACCACCAGCCGCAUCCGCAUCCGCACCAUCAUCCCCAUCACCUGCCACUGGCGCUGAGUCUGCACCAGCAGGCGGCAGCAGCAGCGGCAGUGGCUGCCGCGGUGGCCACCACCAACAACCACUCCAACAACAACAACCAGGCCAGUGUGGCCAACAACAAUUUGGCGGUGCCGUGGAAGCAGCGCAAGCGCAAGAGGCUGUCGGCGGUUUUGGACAAGUUGCACCACAACAACAACAACAAUAAUAAUAACAACAAUGAGAACCACUCGAAUGGCCUGGCCUGCAAAACGGAGCCCAUGGAGAUGGAUGAGGAGGGUCAGGAGGAGCACGACCAAGAUACAGAGGAUCAGGGUGAUUCUCUGCAGGAGGAAGAUGAGGAUCAUGAGCAGGACCAGGAUCAGGAGGAUCCUGCCAAGUACAUCAAGAGCGAGCAGCCAGUCAGUGAGGACGAGGAGAACGAACCGGACAUGGACCAUGAGAAUGAGGACAUCUCCGGCGAGGAUCUGGAGCUCUCGCACAGCGAUGACAACGGCGACCAGGACAGUCCCAGGAUCAGCAUGAGUCCCCUGCAACUGCAGGCCUCCGCCAAGGGCAAUCUGCUCCAGGAUCAGAACCAGCUUCAGCCGCUGAACAAGGAGAACCCCUUGCACGUGGACAUCAAGACUGAGAUCCCCAAUCCCUACGAUCGGUACUUCCCGAUUCCGUCGCCCUUGUUCGGCUACUACCUGCACACCAAGUAUCUGAACGAGGUGUUCCGCCGGCGCCAUGACCUCUAUCCCUCGCCGCUGCAGCACACCCCAUCCUCGAUAGCCUCGGAGACUGAGACAUCGCCCUCGAGUGGCCAGGAGCGCAAGGGUGGCUCCAAUCCUCUGCUGCCGCCUGCCACGCUGCUGGCCAAUGCCUCGCCGCCGCUUUCGCUACCGUCGCCGCCGCGCAGCGAGUCCUCGGUGACUAACAGUGGACCAACUGCCUCCACUGGCCAGGCAACCACCAAGAAGCGUUCCAGUCCCAAGCCCAGGGGCAAGAAGGGCGAGAAGAAGCCCAUGCCGCCGCCGCAGGAGCGUCCGCUGGAUCUGUGCAUGCGCAGCGAUCUGAUCGAGCCCAAAAAGUACAAAAAGUCCGGCUCCAAAUCCUCCCAAGAAUCCUCUGGGGCCAUGAUGCCACCACCGCCGGCGGCCAUGAGCGCGGCCAGCAGUCUGGAGAGCAUGAACGCCCUGUCGCCGGCCUCCAGCAGCCACUCCGGACACACUCCUAGCACGGCAGCGGCAACCCCCAACCACCAGCCGCCUCCUGGAUCCCCCUACGCUAAUGCCAUGAAUGCUGCCCAUGCGGCGGCAGCGGCAGCAGCUGCAGCCAUGAUCAAGCUGGAGAUGCCGCUGCAUCCGUUGCACCACCAGCAGUUGCAUCAUCCCCAUGUGCCCACCACCACAGUGGGUGUGCCGGUGAUCAAGGGCGAUGUGGCCUCGCCCACCACCAAGGAGACGGUGGCCUGGCGGUACAACCUCGACGUGUCCCCGGUGGUGGAGGAAAUGCCGCCGGGCUCGGAUGUGGCGUAUGUGUGCCCCACCUGCGGCCAGAUGUUCUCGUUGCACGACCGCCUGGCCAAGCACAUGGCCUCGCGGCACAAGAGCCGCAAUCCCGCCAACGACAUUGCCAAAGCCUACUCCUGCGACGUCUGCCGCAGGUCCUUCGCCCGCUCCGACAUGCUGACGCGGCACAUGCGCCUCCACACCGGCGUCAAGCCCUACACCUGCAAAGUGUGCGGCCAGGUGUUCUCCCGCUCGGACCACUUGUCCACCCACCAGCGCACCCACACCGGCGAGAAGCCCUACAAGUGUCCCCAGUGUCCGUACGCGGCCUGUCGCCGGGACAUGAUCACCCGGCACAUGCGCACCCACACCCGCUACGAGUCCAGGGGUGGGUCGCGGGAGGACCGCCGCGAAGGCAGGGGCGAGGGUCGCGAGGGCAGGGAGUCCCGCGAGUCCCGUCGCAGCGGAGAGCGCCUCAGCGAGGAGCCCAACUCGCCCACAUCCCUGCCGCCGCUGCUCGACAUGAAGAUGAACAUGGGCCUGGGAAUGGGCCUCAACAUGGGCCUGCCCAUGAACCCCAUGAGCCUGCUGCAGGAGGAGCUGAUGCAGAAGUCCCAGCCGGGCCUGAGCCUGGGAGGACCCAUGCCCAUUGUGGUGAAGACGGAGAGCGCCUAACGGUAUCUGGCCAGGAGGUUUAUGACCUGCUAAAAAAACACACACAGACAAAAAAGAAAACUGAAACACCAGAAUCCCAAAAGCAGGCCCAGCUUAGUGCUAAAAAAAAAACAAAACAAAACAAAAAAAAAACAUUAACUAGAGCAGUUUGUACUUGUACCGGAAAUCUCUGCGAAGACUGAGGAAACUAAUUACUACCUACAGUUUAAAUAGGCUAAAAAAAAACACAAACUAAUUUUUUAUAAACAAAAAGAGAAAGAAACAAAAAACAGAAUGAGAAAGAGAAGGAGAGGGCAGCACUCAAGACCACCCAACGUAUUAGCACUUAACUAGUUCUAGUUGCUAGAUCCUUUAGAUCGUUAAUCGAACCCCCCCGAAAAGGAGUUUAGACCGACAGGCAGGAUCUUCGAUACAGCUAGCAAUUCCAUGUUCCGCAAACUUAGGCUAUAGGCUAUAGCAUAGACUAUAUAAUAUAUAUAGAGUUAAGCCGAUCAGGCCCCUCGGACGGUCUGGUCCCUCAGCAUUUUGAGAAACUUUGAAAUUACUAGACUAUGUAGUAAUUUAAUAGGCCUAAUAGUGCCACGCAUCGGAGGGCACUACAUUUUUACUCCUAAUUUUAAUUAACUCUUAAUUUAUUUGUAACCGUACUCAAUAGCCAGUAAACCCAUACCACAACAAUUUGUAUUAAUUUAAUCUUACUUAUUUAAUUAAUUUACGCUGUUCGCUCAGCUCUACACCUAAUGAACCACAAACAAAAGACAAAGAAUUCUCCCUAGGGCACAAAAACACAAACAAUUCUUCAAAGAAACAAACAAACUAUAAAAAAAAAAAGACAAAACAAAUCUUAAAAAAAUACUAUUCCUUUUUUUGUUCAACAAAAACAAUUUGUUAAAUCGAAAUUACCUUUGUAAUUGAUUUAUGCUCACACCUUUCCACUACUCUUAUAUUUUUUGUUUUCAUAAAAUGAAAUUAAAACAUUUAAGUUUUCUUUAGUACCUAAAAGCCUCUUUGGAUUGGACACGCCCCCCUGUCUUCCGCCCCUCGGCUAGGACAGUUGGUUCUUCCGAUGGGGCGGCGGUAGGGCCAAGGCUAUCCAUGUUUCAAGUUGAAGUUUUUCGUUAUUUAUUAUGAAAUGAAUGAAAGCCCCUAUCCGCUUAUUGAUUAUUAGUUUUUAGCUAAACGUUUAAAUAAAUUAUUAACUUAUGUUAUUCUAGUUGGUUAUGAUUAGCGCUUAGUUCAAAAACGUUUUUCACAAAAUAAAACAAAACAAAGUCCCCUCGAAGGACAAUGUCAUACAAAACAGAA